CGUAGCACGUGCACGUCCCUAUCAUCUGCCGUCAAAAUGGCGACUUUCAACGCCAAGUCCUUCGAGAAGAAGUUAAAUGCGAUGGACUUGUCGCAAACAAGCGUGCAGACAGUUUCAUUAUGGAUAAUACACCACAGGCAGCAUGUCAAGGAAAUUCUUUCGAUAUGGAUUGACAUGAUGAAGAAGGGCAAAACAGACAGAAAGUUGGUGCUUUUCUAUUUAGCAAAUGAUGUUGUACAGAAUAGUAGAAAAAAGUCAAAAGAGCUUAUACAAUACUUUGGGAAAGCAUUUAGAGAAACAAUUCCUUAUAUGAACGAAAAGAAGAUCAAUCUGCAGGUGGAGAGGGUUUUCAAAAUUUGGGAAGAAAGAAAAGUCUAUGAAAAAGACUUUGUUGACAAGCUUCGUUCAUUGCACACUUCAGGUGGUGUUAAGAAAGAAAAAGCAAAAGUUUCAGAAGCAUCAAAAGCCACAGAAAAAGUAGUUGAAAAGCUGGCCAAACAAAAGGCAGCCGCUAAGCCCUUGCCUUCUGACUUCAAAAUGUCAGCUGUUAUGAAUAUGAUUGUCAGCAUGAAAGAGUUAGAAAGUGAAAUUAGCACACAAGAUAGUCAGAUGUCUUCCUUGAAAGUUGAUGCAUCAGAUUUGGAAGCAGUGAAGCAAGUUAAAGAUAGAUCAGGUGUAAACAAAUUUGUAAAGGAGUUUGAAGAAUCCAAGGAAAAGCUUGAUAUGUACUGCAACAAGCUAAGCAGAUGUAUUAAUGACAAGCGAGCCUUGAUUGACAUGCUAAGUCACAGUGAGACAUACUAUGAUGCAGCAUAUGAGGAAGCAAAGGUUAUUGUUCAUGCCUAUAAAACAUUCGGCAGUAGACUAUCUUCGAUGAAGCGAAAAGUAGAAUCUAAAGUAAAGAAACUGAAAGUUAAAUGGGAGGAAAAGCAAAAGGAGAAAGAAGAAAACAAGAACUCAAAACCAGAGUAUGAAGUAGAACCCAUUUCAGAUGCGGAAGAACAAAGCGAAUUUCAGGCAAUCGGUGACCUUGUUCAGUCCGGACUCCAGUCAUUGGCUGCAAAGAAAACCGAGUUGUCUCAACCAGAGGACCCAACUGUAGAUAAUAUCGCCCUCUUAGACAUGGACCUUGGCAGUGAUUCUGAAAAUGAGACCCCUGAUGGACCACUUUACGAUCCAUCAAGUGUCAUGUAUGAUCCGAACGAUGCUGGAAAAGAUAUGGGAGAUAAUUCGCAGCCUUCAGAAACUGGGGAUAGUUCAGAUAUGUCCCUUAUAAACAUUCCAAAUCCAGAAGAUGUUUUCAGGAAUAUUAUGGGACAAAAUGAGUCUGCACGCUCAUCAGCUCUGAAGCCAAUGGGAAUUAUGAUUGAUGGGAAGUUGCAAACCGUUAGUUUGUCAGAUGGCAACAUGAUCGUUGGAACAGAAGGCCAGCAAGCAAAAAGCAUCGUCCACACAAGCAUAAAAAAUGCAUCAUCUUUGCGAACAACUGCAAAUACAGUUACUGCCUCUGUUGUUGCAACGGAGCCCUCUGGAUCGUUACUAAAUAACGAAGCAAUGUCACCUAUAUCAGAUGAUUCUGUGCCUUCGCCGGAAGGCACACCAGAGGGGCUUGUGCUUGAAAAAGAUCAGGCACAGCAGAAUGACGUCAUUAACCAGCUGACUGUAUUGCCAUCAUCAUCAGCCUUUCCAGCCAUAAUACAAAGUAGCCAGUUCCCUGUGAGUGGUCAGUUUUCAUUGGUAGACAACAGCACUUGGUCGACAGUAACAACUACUGCUCCUUUGAAUAGCCUUGACAUGGCCCCAAAUCCCCACCUUGGUGGUAUUUCAGACUUACCACCGCCGCCAAUGUUCCCUGGCCUAGCCAAUGCAUCUGGUCAGUUGUCCUUUGAGCAACAAAUCCAAGGAUUUAUUGGAGACCAAGUUCCUAUUGGCUCUUCAAUCGGCCAGUUGCCUCAAAGUAACAUCCUGACUGACCAAUUUCAAAUGGGUUCUACUGGCUUGACGUUUUCACAACCAGAGCUUUCAUUUCAAAUGCCAGUUUCGGAAAGUUUCCCAUCAAUGUCAGCAGCAUCAUCAACAACGCCAACGCAGGAUGAAUCAGAAGGAAAUACAGUUCGACCAAUCGAUAUUUUGAGCCAGCUUCUAAACAAAGGCAAGAAAUCGAAGAAAGAUCGCAGUUCAGAGAAGUUAGAUAGAUCAGACAAAGAGAGGUCGCAUAGCAGCGAGCAUGGACGAGAUCACAAAACUAAAGAACAUGGUAGGCACAGGAAAAGCAGCUCCAGCAGGAGACGUUCUGCUGAUCGACACCAUUCUUCUGAAGUUUCAAGUGAACAUGGAGAAUCAGGGCAUAGCUCUUCUAGAAGAUCUCAUCAUCGCAGAAGGUCAAGAGGCCAUAGCAGAGAAAAGCAUUCGCAUACUGGUGAUAGAGAAGAAAGAAGGGAAGAGUCCGUUGAUGAUAAUUCGGAGGAUUCGUACUUGAAAAGUCCGAAAAUAUCGCGAAUGUCAAGUGAACUAUCAAACGAUGCCGGGGAUAAUAAGCUUUCUGUUGAUGCUAAUAACGAACGGGUCACACCAGACGAUUUGCUAGAUAACAGACCCACGACGAUUUUCGAUAGAAGACGGGCGGAGCGGGAACAAGCCACUGAAAUGGGGAAGACAACAGACUCUAAUCGCUUGAAAAGAGAGGGUAGUCACCUUUCUGAUCUUACUGAAUUGGAAACUGACAAUAAUGAUGAGAAGUCAGGCCGUCCAAAGUUGAGUGCACAGUAUUCUACCGAUAGUGAUGUAUUCAUUCAGCGACAGAAAUCGUUGGACGGGCAAGCACAAAGAGACGAUUUUCAGCUCAACCAACAGGCACCAUGGGCUCAAACAGAAACUCCUCAAAAGCAUGAUAAUUUCUAUUAUAAUGCUCAAAGGUCUCCCACUCCUGAGAUGGACAAGUUCCAAAGCGAUCCUGUGAGCCAACUGCCUCAAACUUUUGUUUCUUCAGCACUUCAGCAACCGGGGGUCUUUGUUCAUGCUUCAAUACCUCAAUUUGAUAUGCAGCCAGCUACAUUUACAAACGAGUCACUGCUAGGCUCCCAGCCUCUGCUGAAUCUAAGGCCAAAUAUUCCUACUUCUGUUGAUGUCAGACCCAUCUUCCCGCAGAGCUUCCACCAGGAGACCUCUAAAGACCAUGCGUUGCAAGGGGGCUUUGAUAUGCACACAAACUUAAGCCAGUCUCCAUUUUUGCAAGGAGAGCAGUCGUUGUCGCAUGAAAAUAGGGGAGCAUUUCAACAGCAACAACUCAGCCAACAUGACUGGGACCGACAUAAUGUUAACGAGGGGCUUGCCUACCAAACAGAGCCACAACACAGGCAAGAUGAAAACAUUCCUGGAUCUUCAAAUGAUUUACGAUUUCAGGCAGUCGAACCACAAAUGGCUUCAAGCAUGCACUUCAGUAGGCCAGCUGAUAUUGUACAAGGGGGCUUGCAACCGACAAGCUCGCCUUUUUCGCCCGAUCGUCCGCUUCCUAUGCAAGAUAAUUCAUUCAGCUCUGCAAAUCAGCACAUUUUUAGGCAAGUGAGACCAGGGUUACGUCAUGAAGUGCCGCAUAUGUAUCAAAAUCGGGGGGUAGAUGCUUAUAAUGAAAUGUCAUCACGUGGGCGUCGCCGUGGGGAAUCAUCAGAGUUCAAUGUUGACAUGGCGGGAGAGUUUCAAAAUGACAUGAUUAGCCAAAAGGAGCUAAAUCAAGGUGGUAAUUAUAAUCACAGAGAGGAAAGGGAAGAGAGAGGCUUUCAUAAUCAGAUGUCGGAAGAAAACUUUAGAGACUUCUCCGGAAGACAGAACAUAGCUCAAGCAGGACGUUUAGGAUUUGCACAAGAAGAUGAUGUAACAUCUAGACAUGCUAAUGUAUCUUUCGCUAAAAGAACCCAUAAUGACAAUCAGAUGCCCCUAAACGGGAUAAUGCGGGGCCAAAACCAGGAUAUGGGAGAACCCUUCGAAAACAUGGGACAAGGCUCUCCAGCUGCAUCACAUCAUAUAGGGAAUAGAUUUAGGCACCCAGGACAAGGCAUGCGCGGACCUCGUCCAUUUAGGCCAAAUCGACCUACAGGGUUUCCACAGCAACGACCUCGAUUUCGACCACCGCUUAGGCCUAGAUUGCCUCAAGGAUAUGCACCAAGGCGACCGGUAUUUUGAUGCCAGAUCUGUGCGUAGGCAAUAUAUCGACCUGUAUGUAAAUUAUAUUUGUAGCUUAAUUUUGUUAUCUUGAUGUCGUUAUUUCACUGUUGAUUAUGUGAAUGGUAUGAGAUGAAUAAGCAUUGUUCCCCCGUUUUCCUGAAUAGGACUGGCAAAAAUUUCGUUUCCUUUUGUAGCAUAGCAAGUUUAUUCAACCCCCCCCCCCCCCAUGUUAUUCAUACGUUUCUUUAGGGCGGUUUCUGUUUCAAAGUCCCAUUUACCUUUGCAAAGCGUUAAGUCUGCGAUGAUUUUGCAUGCACAAUUAGCAGAGGUCUUGGCUCCAAUCAAUUUUUUUGUCGUUGGGACGCUCCAACCACCAACAGUAAAAAGCUACGACGAACAGCGACAUUUUUUUAUUAACUACUGUUUUCGUUACGAAAACCAGAUGUCUUAAAAUGCUUGUUGAAUUUGUGGCAUGAUACCAUCAGUCUGUAUUGGACAAUUUCAGUUACUCUUGUUGAUCAAGUACGAAAAGUUAAAACAUUGAAAAACGAAGAGCACAUUUUAGCCUGCCUCUUAAUGAGCGUCUCGCAACAUAUUGUUGUCAUGAAAGAGCCCAAAUCAUAUACUGUUAUUAUAUAAAAUUCAUGAUAACCAACCAAUGUGAUACAGAUUUAUGAGUGAUGAAAAGCGAUCAUAGGAAACAGCUCAAAUCCCAAGACUCUAAUCUAUAUUUACACCUUUGCAAUUAGUUGGGAUGUUGUUGUUUCGAUUAUAGUAAUUGUUGUUGUUGCUGCAUUGUAUUAUUCUUGUUUCCUUUAAAAUUACCCCACUCUCCUGAUUUUUGGAAUUUUUGGUCCAGAAACCCAGUGCCCCUUACAAGACGUUUUCCCUCCAAGCUUGCCACAUGUUGACUUUCUUUUGAGACACCUUAUUAUGGUACCCACCGUUGUCCCUUUAGGUUGCUAGUUGAAGCUUUGCAAAAUAGGAAAGUUUACCACUGUUAUUAAUAGUAAAUCAAGCCAACUAUUGUGUCCCUUUUACGCUGUUAAAACUACAUUAUACUCCCUGGACAAUCCGAUGUCUCGAUAGAUGGUACUUAAUGUUUCAGUAGCAGUCUGGUCGUUAGCAUUUAUUUCAGAUUUUUCUUACUGAGUAAAACUGUAUUUGUGUACAAUUAAAUUUUACCUAAGUUUUGUUGGACAUUCAAGAAAACAUUCUUCGGUCAGUGUUGUAUUUAGGCCUUCCAUUCGUAAACAUGUUUCCAGUUUUAGAGCAGUUUGAUUGGCUUUGUGAAAGAUCCAUGCACUUUUAGUCAUCAUUGGCGGACUGGUCCACCGGCCCACCGGUUACUUCUAAGGUUCGAAAGUGGGCCUCCUUUUGAAGAAAUAGCCCCGUCUUGAAAAUAGAAAUCUUUUUUAUUUGGCUUUUGCGGAUUAGACAUAUCGUUAGUUCCUUAGAGCUGAUGAAAAACUUUUGAUUACACUGCCACAGUUUGGAUUGCUUAGGAAUUGCUAAAACUGCAUUGAAGAGAUCAAAUAUGCAGUUGGAUUACAAAUAUUUUGUUGCCCAACAGGGCAAAAUAUAUAUUGCCAAUUUAUCAUGACUUUAAAGCUAAAGGGUUUCUGUUGAUAUUUCUGAGUUUAUGAAACAUUGUCGGUUAUUUCAGUUAUCGGAAAUUCAGAACAAUCUUUCAAAAAUUGUUCUUAAUUACCUUUUGCAUUCAAAUACUUUACGGUCCCAAAAAAGAACAUAUUUUAGUUGCCAUCUGAUUUACGUGAAAACUGUGAACAAUUUCAGUAAAUGAAACAGAGUAACCAGAAUACUUUGCCAAAACUUUGUUAUUGAAGCAAUCGCAUACCAUAGGAUCUUAGGCAUACCGCAUUUUGUGUAUGGAACAGGAUGCAGAGAAGUCCUAAAAAAUCUGUGUCGCCCAAGCCUUUAAAAUCUCAGGUUCGGAAAGUCGCUUUACGAUAUCAGGAGCCCCGUAUUCAUAAUUUCUAUUAUGAUGUUCUUUUUUCUUUUUUUUCUGCAAAAAGUUUAAGUUACAAGAACGUACUUCUGUUCUUUCAAAGCCCAGAAAAACACCUUCCUCGAAGACUAGGAUCAACGUAGUGUUAAAAAUGGCAUCAUAUUUUGAGUUAGAUUAAACAUUUCGCUAACUUAAUGCGGAUUUUAACCUGAAAGCAAAAUUUUACCACUUUCCCGUGCCAUUUUAAAGUUUAGAUGUUAUUAUAUAAGUAGGAAGUUGUCAAAUUAGAUCGAGUGAUAUUCUAUAUCUAUGUUUUAAAAUGAUAUAGGUAUUGAUAUAGCUAUUAAAUACGUCAAUUUUUAUGCGUGAAGAUCCAUUUCAAAAAGGUCCAUGUAUGUAAAUUAUGCAAAUAUGUAAAUUUUAAGUAGACAGUUAUAUGCAGUUUCUUAUGUUACACUUGGUGCGUUUUUAGAUCAGCCAGUUGGAUUGUACUAAGCAAUAUAUUUCUGUGUAUGUAUUUCUCGAAUGGUGGUAUGUCUCGAUCAUGUUUUACUAUAAAAACUGUGCCUUUAUUGUCAUUUUUCCGGUGUAAAUAUUAAUUUAUUUUACUUAAGAAGAUUUAAAUUCUAAGCCAUAUUAAUAUUCGAUGUUUACAUAUGUUCAUAAUGAAAACGUUCGAACUUUGUAUAGAUUGGUUCUGUUUCUUCAAGAGAUCCUCUCUCACUCUACGGCACAUUCAACUUCCAGCUUUAUUGUUCCAGUUUCAACGGGGACCAGAUAAACUACAGGAUGUUACUCAUUUCGGCGUUGUAAAUCAGUUAGAGAAUUUUUAGAGUACUUCGUAGCCGGUUUGUGAAAUCCUUUUAAUUUAUAGCUCUUCGAAAGUAACAUUGUAAAAUCGUCAAUUUCAUUGGCGGUUAAUCCUAGGCAAAGCAGCAAGCAAUCCGACAUGAUCCUAGUAGUGGGGCGAAUUCCCCUGCCCCCUUCCUUGACACCACUUUUGGAUAUAGUGCACCAAAGAUUUAAGACCAAGUCAGUGCCUUAUUUUAUUAUGUCUGCAAUUUCGAUUUUGAGGAUAUAAGGUCUAGCAUGUAGUCUUGGAAAAUAUAAUUAAUCGUUUUGCAAAUGACCAUCAAAAAUAAUGCGGGGUAAUAUAUUUUUUUGGUAUAGAUUGAACAUAAACGAAAAUGACAAUAUAUUUCCGUUUCUCGGCGGUAUAAAAUAUUAUCAUCAUCGUGAUAUUUUCCUCAUCUGACAUCAGCAAAUGUUAAUUAAGGCCUCUCGAUGGACUGCAUUUUGGUAUUUAACCUGAAAGUGAAACAAGCCUCAACAUCAAGCAAUUAUUUUUGAAAUUUUGCUGCAUUUAGCUCAUAGAUAUUUCAAGUUAGAAAACAAGUUAGGUAACUAUCUAACAUGUUAUUGAGGUAUACCCAGUAUCUUGAAGCUUGAUUGAAAGCUCUGACUUAGCGCUUAAGAAAAUUGAGCAAAAUUCUGCUCAGUGACACCGACAAGGUUGAAAGAAAUAAUUCGCACCGCUUGGCUAGGAAAGUGACGGGAUCGUUUCUGAAAA